GCUUCCGCUGAACUGUGGACGGUGUGACGGGGGCGCGAGCGCUUAUAUAAGCCAAACUUUAAAGAUGCACACCGCUAAUCCCGGCCUUGCAGGUCACAAGUGGAGGAGAGAAGACUGAAACUGUUCUCAUUUUUAACACAAGGUCGCUAUUGAGCAAGAGGUUUUUUCCCCAUAAGGCAACAGCUUCGUGCAGAACAGUGAAUCCGAAGUUGCAAUGAGGGCGGUGUGUCUCCUCAUCCUCAUCUCAUUAGAGGUGUUCAGCAUUCAGUGUCAAAAUGUCCCGAGUGACACUGAUGCAGAAACUCCGACUCUGGAGGAAGUGUUAGAGCGCGCCGAGAGCCAGCUCCUCCGCUCCUUCCUCCAAAAACUAGAGGACGACGAGGGCGCAAACGACAUGUUACCAGUACAGCCUGACUGGUUGGUUAAAAGGCAACACCCGGGCAAGCGGCAGCAUCCCGGCAAGCGCGAUGAGGACGCUGAUGAAGAGGAAUACGAUGAACUUCAGAAGCGGCAGCAUCCUGGAAAGCGCGAAGACGAGUCGGACUUGUUCCUGGAGCUCCAACGACGGCAGCAUCCAGGCAGGCGCGCCGAGCUGGAAGAUCAGACGUGGAUCCAAAGCGACCUGCUGAGCGAGCUUUCCAAGAGGCAGCACCCGGGGAAGCGGUACGACGCGUACGCCAAGCGCCAGCACCCCGGCAGACGCGAGGCGGAGGAUGGCGCAGCGAGCGCGGUGGGCUUGUGGGACAUGGACAAAAGGCAGCAUCCUGGGAAAAGGUUCUGGGAUGUGUCCAGUGGAGGUCCGUGUGAUGUGCCGGGCUGCAGUAAAGCCAGUCUGCUGCUCCAGCUGCUCAAUGAAGUGAAGCAAAGUCGCGCAAACGAGAAGCGGCAGCACCCUGGCAAGAGGAUGAACGUGCAGGAAGAGCUCGAGGAGAUGCAAUAGGGUGCACGUGUACUGUGACGAGAAAUUACAUACAGUAGUUACAAGAAAGAAUAAUUCAUGCAUAUCGGCACAUGGGUACAUUCUCCUUCCACAUUUGCCCUUACUGCGCCACAUGAGAUGUAUGCCAAAUGUUCGACAUUUAAGAUUUGUUCAACUUUUCUUUUGUUAAAUAUGUCUGUCAUGCAGGUCGUUUUGCAAGUUAAUUAAUCAGUAACGCGAAGUAACGCUUUGCGUAAACGUGUCCAUAUUACGCACAGCUACAUUACUGCUUCAUUUUCUGCUCGAUCUCGUGAAAUCUGAAACAUCUCUCUCACUUUGCUGCACUCGUUUUGGUAGCUUCGGCUACAUCAUGCAUAUAUAGUUAACUCUACCAAGGUAAUAUCUCAUGUGGCCACGCAAUUGCUCACACUGCACCAGUUUCCGCUUCUCCACCCAGUUCUUGUGUUAGUAAUGUAUACCUUAUGUAAAAUUCGAGUGAAUAUUUCCUUGCAAGACGGGGUCGUCGAAUUAUUUUUCUACACUAUAUGCCUGCAUGAGUCGAACAGCUUGUCAACCUGUAAAUUAUUAUUAUUAUUAUUAUUAUUAUUAUUAUUAUUAUUAUUAUUAUUAUUUGUUCCAUGGAUAUACAGCACACAUGUAAAUUACAGUUAUUGCUGUACAAUAAAAUGCUUUCGAUGCGAA